AUGGCUCCCGCACUCUUCAACUACUUUGGUCUCAAAGGUGCUGCACCUCCCACUGACGAGAAGACAUCAGUCAGAGCCCUACCUGCCUCUUGGUACACCUCAGAGGAGCUAUAUCAGCUCGAGAGAAGAUCCAUCUUUUCCAGAAAAUGGCUUAUGACCACUCACAAGAACCGGUUGAGAGAACCUGGCGAGUGGCUCCGCUAUGAAAUUGCCGGGUUCGAUAUUGUCAUCGCCUGUGAUAAGAACAGGAAGAUCAAUGCGUUCCACAACAUUUGCAGACAUCGUGCAUAUCCUGUUGUGAAUGAAGAAAAAGGAACCUCCAAGAUUCUGGCCUGCCGUUAUCAUGGCUGGUCCUACGGCCUUGACGGCAAAAUGGCAAAAGCGCCAGGAUAUCAAGAUUUGCCAGGAUUUGACAGGAGCCAAAACAGCCUGUUUCCUAUCCAUGUCCAUAUUGACAUAAAUGGAUUCAUCUGGAUAAAUAUGGACGCAAAAGCGACACCAGAAGUGGAGUGGCAAGAAGAUUUUGAAGGAUCAGAUACACAGGAUCGACUGAAACAAUUCAACUACGACGAUUACGAGUUUGAUCACACCUGGGAGAUUGCCGCAAAUUAUAACUGGAAAAUUGCAGCGGAUAAUUACAACGAAUGUUACCACUGUAAAACGACGCAUCCUGAUAUUCCGACAGUUGCAGAUCUCGCAUCAUACAGCGUGAAUACCCAGCGGGCGUGGAUCCAGCAUAACGGAGCUACGACGGCAGAACAGAAGGAAAGAGGGUUGACAGUAUGCGCCAAUUACUACUGGCCAAAUGCUUCAACCAAUGUUUCUCCUCAUUUCUUUUUCACACAGAGAUUUGUCCCCCGUGGACCUAAAGCUUCUCUGAUACGCUACGAAGUCUUCCGAAACAAGAAUUCUUCUGACGAGGAUUUCACCCUCAUCAAUGAUAUAUAUAAGCGAAUCAUGUCUGAGGACAAGGCUCUGUGCGAGCUGGCCCAAAAGAACAUCAACGCAGGCGUCUUCGUCGCUGGCGAGAUGCAUCCAAUCAUGGAGAAAGGACCACUUUUCUUCCAAAAGCUGGUCCGUGAAAACGUGACGGAGCACCGGAGGAAAGAAGAGCUAGCGAAGCAGGAGAUCUGGCCUGCCCGACAGACUCUGCCGACAAGUGCUUCAACAAUUGCAAAGGACAUCGAUCUCUGUUCCGGCCUAGCUUGUCAGACGACCAACCAGGAACAACUGGUUUGGUGA